AUGGCUGAGACAUCUGUGAACACCAUUAGCGUGAAAGCCUUGGUGGAUAAGGCGAGCAACCAAAUUAUCUUUAUAGAGUCUGAUAAUGAUUUUAUUGAUGUUCUCUUCAGUUUCUUGACAAUCCCGAUGGGAACAAUUAUGAGGCUGGCCCCUAAUCAGUCAGUACCAUUAGAAAUAGGUUGUAUAAAAAAUUUGUAUUCAAGUGUUAAGAAUAUGGAUGUAAAGCAUUUCCGUACUGAAGCAUGUAGAGACAUGUUGCUAUGUCCUCGCAAUGUGGCAGAAUCUCAUUGCAGGAACCUCAAACUGAAGAUUGACAAUGGUGAGCCCACACAGUACUUUUUGUGCUCACGUAGCUACAGAGCAGAAUGUAAGAUAAGUUAUAACAAAAUUGGUUCUUGUGAUUGUGGUGGAAGCAUGACUGAGGAGAAAAAUCUUUUAGUGAGUCUAGAUGGAGGCAUCUUUGUGAAAGGACUGGCCAGACUUAUAAUUGGUGAUAAUUUACAAGUGAUGCCACCAUUAACUUUGGAAGGCCUUUCUGUAUUUACAGAGCUUGGAGUCAGGAAUGGGAAUACUACUGAGGAGUUGACUUUCAAUGUAGGAUCUGAUGAGGCAAUUGAAGUUUUGAAUUUGCUUAUGUGCUCGUUAGUAUCAAGGACACCUUUGACAGAAACUCUGCUGAAGAAUAAACCAAUACGAAAGUUGAGCAAUGACAACCAAGGAAUAAAUAUUGAACCUCAAAUAGUUGUAGACGCAACAGAUCCGGAAGGAAACCUCUCUAUCAAGCUUAUACUGAGCAAAUCUAAGAAGAUGGUUUGUUAUGCAGAAGUAGGAGAGGAUUUUGUGAAUUUACUCUUCAGUUUCCUAACUAUUCCACUGGGUUUUGUUGUAAAACAAAUGAGGGAUUGCGCAUUAGAAGGAUGCAUUAAUCAGUUGUUCAAGAGUGUCCAAGAUCUUGAUGAUUGCUACUUGAAGUCAGACUACCACAAAGAAAUGCUACUCAGUCCCAAGCUUGUUCCUGGCUUUUGCUAUGAGAACCAUCUCUUAGGAACUGAGGAGGCCACAUAUUAUUAUGCACUUGGUAUGCUGUCUACUGAGAAAACUCUUAUCGCUUCUCGGAUUUCAGCUGCUAAGAAAACUAGGAGGUCAUAUUAUGGCGAAGAAAGUGCUCAGACUAGUAUUAAGUUAGUGACGGUCAUGGAUCCCAAAUGCCACAAUGAUCAAGAUAAAAGUGCUGAAGGUCAAGGAUUUUUAGGAGGACCAGCGAUGUUCACAGUAACUGACAAUUUGAUCAUAAGACCUAUAUCUCUAAUGUUUGGUCUGUCUCUUCUGAAUGAACUGAAGGUGCCUUUGACUGACAUUGAAGUGAAAAUUGUGCAUGUGCGCAGAGAAGAGAUAGCUGGCUUCAAUGGCAUCGUGGAAGUUGUCGUAUUGCAACAGGUAACAAAUAUUUCGCCAGAGUCUAUUGGCUCUCCAACAAAGGCUUUGUGUCUUUUGGUGGCUUCUUUUGUUUGUGACUCGGCGCUAACCAAUGCCUUCGUUAGGGAGCCGAAGCAGAACAAAAAGCCAAAGCAAGAACAAUGUUGA